AUGUCCCACUAUCGUUUCUUCCGUUGGCGCAGGCUGCAGCACGAGCACGAGGCGGCGCUGGCGGCGCAGCGCGAGGCGCUGGCGCGCGGGGCGCUUGCUGCAGUACUCAACUUCUCAUUCUGCUUCCAGGAAUUGGAGUAUUCGCUAGCGACGGGCCAUCUGUCCGUGCUGGGGCCGUGCCUGGAUGAUCUCAGGUUCCAAGUAGAAGAGCGAGAAAAAGAAAUUGCGACCCUACGACAAGCGGCGCUUGAGAAAGAGCGACAGAUCGAACAAUUGAACGUUAAGUAUCAAAAUCAGGAAAAUAUAGAACAGUACUGCAAGUUUGUGAGUUUAGACCCCGUAGCUGAAGUGGAUGAAGGAACCAGAGAUGGAAAGAAUUCACCCACACCGUCCGAAGAGCCUUCCACUCCCACAACCCCACUCGUUGCAGAAGUACCUGCAGAUGUAAGAUGGAUAGUACAUUAA